ACUAAAGGUGGGCAGAUUCUACCUGUGAGCUUAGUGUAUUGUCCGUGGGGUUGGACUGCGAUUUCAAAUAAAUAGGCUCACCAAUUUUUUCAAUAACGAAGCUUUUUAAUAUUCAUAAUGAGUAUCUUAGCGCACAAUGGGUCUGCUGUCAUUGCAAUGUCUGGCAAAGAUUGCGCAGCUAUUGCUUGUGAUCUUAGGUUUGGAGUUAAUUUGCAGACAAUCUCCACUGACUUCACCAAAGUUUAUCCUCUCGGACCUCGGCUGUACGUAGGGUUUCCUGGAUUGGCAACUGAUAAUCAGACAGUGUUUCAGCGUUUGCUUUUCCGAAAAAACAUGUACGAGCUACGUGAGAAUAGGACAAUCAAACCUCAAACUAUAACUACCAUGUUAUCUAACUUGCUUUACGAGCGCAGGUUUGGACCAUACUUUGUCGAGCCAGUAGUCGCUGGUAUUGACCAUACUACGAACAAACCAUACGUUGCAUGCAUGGACUUAAUCGGCUGUGUAUGUGAGGCCAACGAUUUUGUUGUUAGCGGCACGUGUACGGAACAAAUGUAUGGGAUGUGUGAAACACUUUGGGAGGAUAAUAUGAAUUCGAAAGAGUUAUUUGAGUGCAUUUCACAGUGCAUCUUGAAUGCCCUCAAUCGUGACGCUGUAUCUGGUUGGGGUGCCCGAGUUUAUUUAAUAGAAAAGGAUGCAGUCACGAUUUCCGACUUGAAAAUGCGUAUGGACUAGGUUAAUGAAAUAUAAGUUACAUAUUUUGCUUGUUAUACUGUUUUUAUUAUUCACACUAAUUUGUGGUACAGAUUUCCACUUUGCAUUUCCUUACUUC